CUCCGUAGAUCAAUUAAACACACAAAAUUGAAACGGAAACAUCUCGCAGCAAAGUCGUGUCGUGUAGAAAUAAGAAAUGGAACCGGUAGCAACCUGGACGCCCGAGUAUUUCGUCGAAAAUGAAGCGGCCUGUCUGAAGCAACUCGAGGCAGACCGGGACGAUGCCGUAUGGCGCUCGAUCCCGCUGCUAAACUGCAUGGCCCCGCAGCACCUGGUCGAUGGGCAGCUGGUACGAUUCCGCGGGAUGGUCCAGGAUAUGCAGGAUCCCGAGUGUUACCUGAAGCGCUACAGCGUACGGUGCAAGUCGAGCGAAUCCAUCGUCCGUCACCAGAAUGGCCAGUAUCGGGACAUUCUAGUCUAUAACGCGGCCACGGAACGUGUCGAUAAUCGGAACGGCGGUGAGGACACAUCCUUCGGUGAACGGCGAUCCAUGUUCGUCGUGACGAUACCGGGCCAGAACGGAUGGGCAAUCGAGCACGAGAAGCAGGAGAACAGUGCGACAGCUGGUGCAGUCCCGGUGCAGCGUGGUGUCACCGAGGAAGGACACGAUGCGGAUGCGGCACCGGUACCGAGCCGUGUCAAGCGUGGCCACGAUGAUGAUGAAGAGAUGGAUACCGAUGCAGCGACGGAUGUACGUGAGAAGGAAACAAAGAAACCGGCCACUGAAUCGAAACCGGCAGCUGAAACACAACCUGGCGCUGCGGGACUGUCCGCGGACUAUCUGCUCAACUCCCCGAUCAGCGACCGUCCCGGGAAGGCGUGUUUGGUAAAGCUGUACCGCGACAUCGAGAACUGGACGCUCAAUACCGUGAUCGAGGCAGUUGGUUUUCUAUCGGUACACCCGGCCCUAGACGGUGCCGGCGAUGUGGCGGAUAUGGAGGCGUUUGAGGACGAAAUGUCCGAACACCAGGCCACACAUCCGCCCCCUUCGCUCAUUCCUCGCCUACACGCGAUCUCCGUCCGCAAACUGACCCACACCAAUCCACUGUUGCUGGACAGUCGCACACCAUCAUCCACGGGAUCAGCGGAUGAGGAGACCGAUAGUGCCGGGACCGCGUUGAUCGUAAAGGAACUGCACAACCUCCUCACGCAGUGUCUGUUUGGGGAUCGUGUGGCUGCCGACUAUCUGCUGUGCCAUCUCGUAUCGUCGGUGUAUCUGCGCUACGAGGUAGAGUCACGCGGCCAGUUCUGUUUGAAUCUGAGCAACAUACCGGCAAAGGUACUGCCCGUUUACACGGAAUCCUUGUACCAGCUGCUCGAGAUGCUGCUUCCGGCGAGCCACUACUUUCCGAUGACCCUCGAGAACAUGAACACGGUUCAGUUCGCUCCAAGGAAGGACUACACGACGAACAAACUGACGAGUGGCUUGCUCCAGCUAGCCCCUCACACGCAUCUGGUGCUGGACGAGACACGGCUGCAACCGGGAAAGCUAGAAUCGGCUGGCGUUGAAGCGGUCCGGCACGUGGCGCAUCUCAUCAACGAUCAGCAGCUAAAGUAUGAUUUCAAGUUCUACCAGCUCGAGUUCAACGCAGACGUUCCGGUGCUGGUACUGAGUGAAGGGCGCAGUAUGCUACCGAGUAACUGCCAACUGCCGAUCAUGCCGGAUCUGGAUGCGAUCGAGUUGAUCGAAGAGACGAUCAAAGCCGGUCGGCACUACAUCGCACCGAAGCUGGACGAGGUGAGACGUUUCUUGACGACCGCCAGGAUACGAUCGUUCGAUAUGAAAACGCUCGAUCCGAAGAUCGUGGAAGAGGAUUUCGUGGAAAUGCGUGUCGGUAGUAGCGGCGAGGUUUCCAUGAACGAUCUGCACACGCUGUUCGUGCUGGCACGAUUGGUUGGGCUCAGCAGUGGUCAUCCUUCGCUGUCGUGCGAUCAUUGGGAGCGUGCGAAGCAGCUGGAACUGGAACGUCGCAAUCGGUUGCAAAUGUUUGCCAAACCGACGGUUGAACCGUGAGCCAACGCUCGC